CGUGGGGACCAGUUUCCCCUUCACUGUUGAAAGUUAAAACAAUAGUGUCACUACAGUAAAUCACACAUACUCAGGACAGUGCAGGGAGAAGACACAGCUGCAGACGUAGAUUAGAGCUGAGGUUAGAAUUUGAAGUUACUGUAUUUGAGCACAAGUGGGUUAAGAUGUCAGAGGGAGUCUAUGAAAAUUCUAAUGGAUUUAAAGACGAUGAGACUGAUGCAAUGAAGAACACAGACAUGGAUGGUCAAUUAUAUGCCAACGUAGGAGACUUCAAACCCAGACCAAGAGAUGGAGUUGUUGCUUCAGUAAAUUUUCAGUGGUGGAAGAGACCCUCUGGAGUUGCUGCAGUGUGUCUGGGGCUGCUGUGUGUUCUCCUACUGGCUGGGAUCAUAGUCCUGUCUGUCUACUAUGGAGUCAUUAGUCAUCGCGACUCAACAGAGCGAGACCAGCUACAGGCCAGUUACAACAACAUCAUUGAAGAGAGAGACCAGCUACAGACCAGUUACAACAACAUCAUUGAAGAGAGAGACCAGCUACAGACCAGUUACAACAACAUCAUUGAAGAGAGAGACCAGCUACAGACCAGUUAUAGCCUUCUGACUAACAAGAGAGACCAGCUGCAGACCAGUUACAACAACAUGACUGAAGAAAAAGACCAGCUACUGACCAGUUACAACAGCAUGACUGAAGAGAGAGACCAGCUACAGACCAGGGUUAGGUUAUCUGAGGAACCCUGUCUAGCUGAAUGGUGGAAGUUUGGCACAAGCUGUUAUUAUGUCUCCUCCAAGAUGAACACACCGGGGGCCGGUCAGAAGGAGUGCAGAACAAUGGAAGGAGAGUUGGUUGUUAUAAACAGCAGAGAAGAACAGAUAUUCAUUAACGGAUUGAAGAAGAAUGUCUGGAUUGGUACUUUUUUAAAAGACGGAAUCUGGCAGUGGGUUGACAACACACCAUUUACAACUGCGUAUUGGAUGGAAGGGGAACCUAAUAACUUGAAUGACAAGGUGGCUUGUGUUGAGAUCUCACAGACAGCAACAGACCCAUUGAAGAGUUGGAAGGAUGGACCAUGUGUUGAACAACACUGGGUCUGUGAGAAACCAAUCACACCGUAAUAAUUGGUUAUCCCUGUGAGGCUUAAGAUGCUUUUCUCUCUCUCUCUCUCUCUCUCUCUCUCUCUC